AUGGCCGGGCGCGUCGCCAACACACUCAACCCGGCUUCGCUGCCGUUCUUUCCCCCCGACGACAAGCCUGAUUUGGGCGUUAUUGGUCAGCACCCAUCUGCGACUAAUUCGGCAACGACAACACCCCAUCCUGCAGCUACUGGUCUGCAUACACCCGUACUAGGCACUGUGGGCAAUCCAUACUCGCCCUAUUCGCCCUAUGGACCGGGCCGCCAGGGCUCUCUCGCGCUCUCGAGCGGAAGCACGUCUCCACCGCGCCUGUUGCGCACCGGCAGCGGACUUGGCGAAAGUCAAUAUGGUUCUCCUAUUAGCCGCUCCCGCUCCGCAUCGCGCGAAAACAGCAUCGAUCCGGCCACAAAUGCAAAUCUCAACGGCCAAUCGACCGAGGUGCUGACUCCGACGGCCAAGAGCGGCUCUGUGUCUUCCUCGUCGCCCCCUCACGACUAUUUGUCAGCCAACUUUGGCCAGUAUUCCAUCCAGACGGCCCGCAACGACGAACGCCCCAUUGCCAAUCUUGCCGUCGGCACAUUUCGCGCAGAGACUAUCAGUCCCGCGUCCUCGGUCCGUUCCAUUGGUCCCGAAGUGGCCUCGUUCGAUGCCCAUGCCAAGGCCUCGCCGUUUCUCAACGACAUACUCGACCGUCUCAUUCGAUGCGAGUACGCCAACCGCGACAUCCACCAAGAGCUCCGACGGAUCGCAGACAGUGUCUCUUUUCUUGUCGAACGGCCCGACCCGCCCAUGAACAACCCCCUGGCCCAAUCCCACUCGGAUGAGCUCAAACAACUCAACCAGCGCGUGUCGGCGCUUACUGCCUCAGUCUCCCAGCUCAUGGCCAUCCAGACCCAGACCCACUUGCAGAACAUGAGUUCCGGCUUUUCCGCCGCCCCCAGUCCCGUCACGCCCCAGCUCAAUCUGCUCGACCCGCCCCAGCCCCACACUAUCAACCGCCAGCCGCCGCGUGGGCCCAUGCCCGUUCGCACUUGGUCCUCUGGCAGCAUUGACCCUUCCGGCCGUGGUCUCGCUCCAGACUCGGCCAUCCGCGGUCCGGACAAGCGGCGCUCGGUCACCAGUCUCAUUCGUCGCGACUCGGCCAGUGCUCUUGACGUACUCGCUGGCGAACCCAGCUGGGGUGGAGGCUCCCCACGCAACGAGACCGGCCCUGUCAUUUCCAAGUGGGAGCAUCUCCCUCUGGCCCCCGAGCUCUUGCGCUCGAUCGCUAAAUAUGGCGUCGGUCCUCCAAACAAAAUUCAACAACGCGCUUUGCCGUUUCUCCUGCGCGGCUCGGAUAUCAUUGCCCAGGCCCCUCCGACUCAAGAACGCAUCGCGGCCUAUGUUAUUCCCGCUAUUCACGUCGCAUUGACCUCGUUGAUCGGCAAGCCGCCCAACCGCGGCCCAUUGGUGGUUAUUAUUUCCACCACCGUCGAUCAAGCAACCCAAGCCCAGCGCAUGAUUCGCGAUCUUGGUGGGCCAGUCGGUGUACGUUCAGCGCUGGGCGUCGGAACGGGCGGAGACGUAGUCCAAGAGCUCAGAAUGCUUCAGCAAAACAUCCCCCACAUUCUCUGUGGAACUCCCCAAAAACUCCACUCGCUCUUUACGGCUCCAGGAGGGCUCUACGGUGGAGAAGUGCGCCUGCUGGUAUUGGACGAAGUCGACCAACUCAUUGCGCGCAAUUUACAUGACUUUGUGUAUACCAUAGUUCGACUGUUCCCUGCCCCGCGCGGUCGACCUCUUGGAAGUCCGGCCGUCGGACCCAGCACAUUCAGUCCAUUCGAAAACCCGAGUACACCCGGCGGCGGGAACCGAUUCACGCGCAUGGCCUCCCCUAUCCCCCCUCCAGAUACGCCCGGCAUCAUCGAGCGCCAAACUGCGUUGUUCUCAAACACGGUGCCCCAAGAUGUGCUCAACCUCGCCAACGCCAUCCAGCUCCGCGAGCCCGUCCGGGUCUUGGUCCGACGAGACGGCGGAGCUACGCAUGCGGACCCGAGCAACCACUCGCGCGGUCUCCGCCAAUUUUACUUGUACCUCGCUUUCACGGCCGGCGGAGCUCGCUCGGACCCGCCUCCCUCGACUCCGGGGGUGGACUGGGCAUUAUUGGGUCUGGGAGGGGCGGGGGAGCGAUUGGAUGCGUUGUCCGAUUUGUUGGACGAUGUGGACGUGGCGCAGGCGAUUGUUCAUGUCGGAGGACUGGUCGCGCUCGAAAAUGUCGCUUUCAAACUUGCCGGCAAGGGCAUUGAUAUUGUUCCCCUGCACGGUGAGAUGAACUCGACGGCCAAACUCGCGUCUCUGAACAAGUUCCGGGGGACGAGUCCAAAUGGCACAUCAAACGGACAGAGACAACCAAUGCGCGUGUUGAUUGUCUAUGACGUCCCGGUCAAAGCACCUGAUGUCUUCCAAGUUCCGCUAGUCGUCAACUAUGAUCUCCCCAAGGCUGUAGAAGAAUAUGCCCACCGCGUUGCGCCUGCUAUUUCGUCUAGCUAUUCGCGCGCUGGAGUGGUUGUCAAUUUUGUGACGGCCACGGGAGGUGAUGUGGAGAUGCUGCGCUCGAUCGAGUGUUUCUACAAGAUUAAAUGUCCCGAAGUUCCCAUGAGUCUUCGCGAUGUCCUAUAA